AUGGUACAGCAGGUUGACCGGGCCGAUCCCGACCGCACUGGGCGAUCUCACCAACCUGGAAUCGCUGAUCCUCAACAACAACGAGUUGACCGGGCCAAUCCCGGCCACGCUCGGCCACCUCUACAACCUGCGAGAGCUGACCUCUGGUCCAACAACUUGACGGGCCCGGUCCCGGCCUGGCUGUACGACCUCCCCAACCUGGAAUCGCUCUCGCUCGGGUGGAACGAGUUGACGGGGCCGAUCCCGGCCUGGCUGGGCGACCUCUCCAACCUGGUAGGUCUGGUCCUCACGGUCAACCAGUUGACGGGGCCGAUCCCGGCCGAGCUGGGCAACCUCUCCAACCUGAAGUGGCUGGACCUCUCGUUCAACAACUUGACGGGGCCGAUCCCUGCUUCGCUGGCCGACCUCUCCAACCUGCAAGGGCUGUCCCUCCGCGCCAACCACCAGCUCACGGGCUGCGUACCCAUCGCCUUGCGCGAUCUAGCAGAGAAUGACCUUGACGAACUCGAUCUGCCCUACUGCCGCUGA